AUGGCGCGUAAACCCAAGAAAGAGCCGCCUGGCUCUGCUGCACAGGACUUGUUUGCUGACUCUGGCGACGAGGGGGAAAGCAGCAGCAGCAGCAGCAGCAGCAGCAAAGGGAAAAAUGAAAAGAAAUAUAAAGAAGACAAAAGCGACAGUUUGACAAUUAACAAAAGAUAUGCAGAGAAAUAUGACCAAAGAAAAAGGAAAGAGCUUCUCGCGAAACACAAAGAGGAACUCGAAGAGCUCAGCGGUGCUUCUUACGAAGACGAAAUGAGUGCACUUAAGAAGUCGUUUUGGGAGGCGGCAGACAGCAGCAGCAGCAGCAGCAGCAGCAGCAGCAAAAAGGGAAAGAAGAGAAGCAAAGAAAAGGGAAAUGCCGAAGCUGAAGAUGCUGGCGAAGAUGAAUUCUUUAAAAUUAAAGAAAAAAAGCAAACAGAUCUGCAAAGGGAAGAAGAAGAAUACAAACAGUUCCUUCAAGAGAAGAAUUCUAAAAGGGGCAGCGCUGCGGAUUCUGCUUUGGCCCGAUUGUGGGAGGACGAUGGGACUCUGGACGAAAACGAAAAGUUUUUGAGGAAUUACAUUCUCAAUGAGGAAUGGAGAGAAGACAAAAACAAAGAAUUCGUUUACAGGGACUCUGAAGAAGAAGCGGAAGAAAAAGAAAUGGAAGAGGCGGAGGCUUUUGAAGCGGCCUACAACUUCAGGUUCGAAGAAGAGGGAGGAGACACAAUCCGCUCUUUUCCGCGUUUUAUUCAAGAUUCAGUUCGCCAAACUGACGAUAAAAGAAAACAACAGAGACGGAAAAAGAAAGAAAAAAAAAUGGAAGAAAUGGUGAGAAGACAGGAGGAGUUGAAGCGGCUGAAAAACAUAAAGAAAGAAGAAAUCAAAGAAAAGAUAAAAUUGAUUCAGGAAAUUGGAGGCCUCGAUGCUGGCACUGUGAGCGCGGUGUUGAACCUCGAGGGCUCUUUUGACCCCGAAAGCCACGACAAAGAAAUGGGGCUUUUGUUUGGAGAGGAUUAUGAAAGAGCAGCAGAAGACAAACAAUGUCUUGCUGUGCCCGAGUCCUGCGCGGACUUACUGUCUGUCUCCGAAGAGACUAAUUUGGAGGCAAUGAACAAAAAGCAAAAGAGACUUUUGAAGUUGCAAAAAAGGAGACAGAGACAGGCGCAGGCCGUCGAGGGGUACGCAGAGGACGACCAGCAGCAGCAGCAGCAGCAGCAGCAGCAGCAGGAUGAGGGGGACGAAGAGGGGGACGAAGAGCAGACGGAAGCUGCAGUAGCAGCAGCAGCAGCAGACACGGACACGCAGCAGCAGCAGCAGCAGCAGCAAGAGGAAGAAGGGCUGCAGGGAGAGUGGUGGAUGUGCGAUGGCUGCGGGAAGGGAAUCGGCGGCGGCAAAAAGAGGUUUGACUGCGCCAAAUGCGAAAACUUCACUCUUUGCAAACUGUGCUUCCGAAAUGUGCGCCACCCGCACCAGAUGCUGAAGCGGACGGUGCCGCUGCACUGCAAGCCCCCAAAAGACUUCCAAGGAAUGCCCGGGGGCCCCGCAGUGCCGGAGAGUUUAGAAGAAGCAAUAAAUGAAUACUUUGCAUUAAAUUAUGAAGAUAUAAUUGGAGGAGACUUGCUAACUCGAUUCAAAUACAGAAAAGUGCAGCCAAACAACUACGGAAUGACUCUGGAAGACAUACUCGAAAAGACAGAUGCUGAACUUAAUGCGCAAGUCUCGCUGAAGAAACUGGCCCCAUUUAGGGAGAAAGAGUUUGUACCCAAAAAGGAAAGGCACUGGCAGCAGCAGCAAAACGCAAUUCCUGAAAAGAAGAGAAAAACAAAAGUGGAGAGAGAGAUGACCCCUUUCGGCGUGCGCAAAGACAGACUCGCCGCCUACGACGCCUAA